UUACAGUUGGCACAAUUUAGUCAGACAAGUACUGUUCUCCUGGCAACCGCCAAACCCAGACAUGUCCAUUGGAUUGCCAAACAGAGAAGUGUGAUUCGUCAGUCCAAAAAACACAUCUUCACUGCUCUAAAGUCUAGUGGCGAUGGCUGAGUUGCUGUUCCCAGUUGCUUCCACUUUGUCAUAACACCACUAACAGUUGACCGUGGAAUAUUUAGUAGCAAGUUAAUUUCACGGAUGGACUUAUUGCACAGGUGGCAACCUAUCACGGUACCACGCUUGAAUUCACUGAGCUCCUGACAGCGACCCAUAUUUGUAGAAGCAGUCUGCAUGCCUAG